UGGGCUCCUGCCUCGAGUCCCUAAGAUCCCUCCCUAUUCUCCCCCUCCCUAGGAAAAUCGAUCUUAGCUAUAUUUGUGUCUCAUGUACGCCACUCCUAUCUCUUUCCCCCGCCCCACGCUGGGUUUGUUAAUUUCUUUAUUUAUUCCCGGGGGCUGAGGCGUCGGGUAUUUACGCAGACCGAAGACGGAGAGAAAUUAACCUCCCGCCGCUGCCCCCCAGUCCAGCGUGACAAGGCGCGGGCGGGUUGCGUGACUUGUGACGUCUCCAAGUCCUAUAGGUGCAGCGGCUGGUGAGAUAGUCAGUAUCGCCUGGUUGCCUCUUUAUUUUAUUGGGGUAUGCCUAGUAAUAAACUGUAAUAUUUAAUUUGUUGGAGACCACAAACCAACUAGGAGCUGGGAGGUACUUGCUCCUCUGGACAGACCCCGGAAGAAGGUCUGGCUUGAAAGGGGGUCUCUUUUGAGGGUCCUCUCAUAAUUCGUCAUCUGAGCCCCUGGCCUCAGUGAGCCAUCACUCCUGGCUUCUGCGCUGGCAAGAAGAGGUGGGAUUUUUGGAGGGCAUGGAAGGAAUCAAGGUGUUUCUCCAUGAAAGAGAAUUGUGGCUGAAAUUCCACGAGGUGGGCACGGAAAUGAUCAUAACCAAAGCUGGAAGGCGUAUGUUUCCCAGUUACAAAGUGAAAGUGACUGGCCUUAAUCCCAAAACGAAGUACAUUCUUCUAAUGGACAUUGUUCCUGCCGACGACCACAGAUACAAGUUCGCAGAUAAUAAAUGGUCUGUGACUGGCAAAGCCGAGCCUGCGAUGCCAGGCCGCCUCUAUGUGCACCCAGACUCGCCGGCCACCGGGGCCCACUGGAUGCGACAGCUUGUCUCCUUCCAGAAACUCAAGCUUACCAACAACCACCUGGACCCUUUUGGGCAUAUUAUUCUAAAUUCCAUGCACAAAUACCAGCCCAGACUACAUAUCGUGAAAGCAGACGAAAAUAAUGGAUUUGGUUCAAAAAAUACAGCGUUCUGCACCCAUGUGUUUCCCGAGACAGCAUUCAUCGCUGUGACGUCUUAUCAGAACCACAAAAUCACGCAAUUAAAGAUCGAGAAUAAUCCCUUUGCCAAAGGGUUCCGGGGCAGCGAUGACAUGGAACUGCACAGAAUGUCACGGAUGCAGAGUAAAGAAUAUCCUGUGGUUCCCAGGAGCACGGUGAGGCAAAAAGUGGCCUCCAACCACAGCCCCUUCAGCAGCGAGCCCCGAGCUCUGUCCACCUCGUCCAACUUAGGGUCCCAGUACCAGUGUGAGAAUGGCGUCUCCGGCCCCUCCCAGGACCUUCUGCCCCUACCCAAUCCAUACCCGCUGCCCCAGGAGCACAGCCAAAUCUACCACUGCACCAAGAGAAAAGAUGAAGAAUGUUCCAACACAGACCAUCCUUAUAAGAAGCCCUACAUGGAGACAUCGCCCAGCGAGGAGGACCCCUUCUACCGCUCUGCUUACUCCCAGCAGCAGGGUCUGGGUGCCUCCUACAGGACAGAGUCGGCCCAGCGGCAGGCCUGCAUGUAUGCCAGCUCCGCGCCACCCAGUGAGCCUGUGGCCAACCUGGAGGACAUCAGCUGUAACACGUGGGCCAGCAUGCCGUCCUACAGCAGUUGCACGGUCACCACGGUGCAGCCCAUGGACAGGCUACCCUACCAGCACUUCUCUGCUCACUUCACCUCGGGGCCUCUGGUCCCCCGGCUGGCUGGUAUGGCCAACCACGGUUCCCCACAGCUCGGAGAGGGGAUGUUCCAGCCCCAGGCCUCCGUGGCCCACCAGCCCGUGGUCAGGCCGUGUGGGCCUCAGACUGGCCUCCAGUCCCCCGGCAGCCUUCAGCCCCCUGAGUUUCUCUACUCUCAUGGUGUGACCAGGACCCUGUCACCACACCAGUACCACUCUGUGCAUGGAGUUGGCAUGGCACCAGAGUGGAGUGACAAUAGCUAAAAGCUGGUCUGCCUCACUACAGACAUUUGCUAGAGAGAGAAAAGGGAGAGAGGGAGAAGGACAGUAGCAGAAAGAACACCACAGACAUGACUUUCACUCCCCCAUGUGCACGUCUACACCCGAGG